CUUCCGCUUCCGCUCAACAAUGGCGUCCUCCGUGACUGAAGACGGCACGAGCGACGCGCAAACAGGGAAAAACUCUAAAAAUGCGAAAAACCAAGUGGAUGAAUCUGAACUUCUGACUGUUCCUGAUGGGUGGAAGGAACCAGCGUUUACUAAAGACGACAACCCCCGCGGCCUGCUGGAGGAGAGCAGCUUCGCAACACUCUUUCCCAAGUACAGAGAAGCCUACCUGAAGGAGUGCUGGCCGCUGGUGGAGGCGGCUUUAGGACAGCUGUACAUCAAAGCCUCUCUGGACCUGAUUGAAGGUAGCGUAACCGUCUGCACCACGAAGAAAACAUUUGACCCCUACUCCAUUGUCAGAGCGAGAGAUCUCAUUAAGCUGCUGGCGAGGAGCGUCCCGUUCGAACAGGCUGUCCGCAUCUUACAGGAUGACGUGGCCUGUGACAUCAUCAAAAUCGGGACCCUUGUGAGGAACAGAGAGCGAUUUGUGAAGAGGAAGCAGCGGCUGAUCGGCCCAAAGGGCUCCACCUUGAAAGCACUGGAGUUGUUGACCAACUGCUACGUGAUGGUGCAGGGCAACACCGUGUCGGCCCUGGGGCCCUACAACGGCCUUAAGGAGGUGCGCAAAGUGGUGAUGGACACAAUGAAGAAUAUUCAUCCUAUUUACAACAUCAAGACCCUGAUGAUCAAACGGGAACUCACCAAAGAUCCUGAACUGCGGACACAAAGUUGGGAACGCUUCCUGCCAAAGUUCCGCCACAAGAGCCUGUCCAAACGCAAAGUGCCCAAGAAGAAGGGCACAAAGAAGGAGUACACACCGUUCCCUCCACCACAGCCAGACAGCAAGGUUGACAAAGAAUUAGCCACAGGAGAAUUCUUCCUUCGUGAAAGUGUGAAAAGGAGGAAGAAGAUGGAGGAAAUCAAGGUGAAACAAGCAGAGGCACUGACCAAGAAGCAAGAGGAGCGAAACAAAGCCUUCAUUCCUCCUAAAGAGAAGUCUUUGAUGAAGAAGACCACGAAAGCCCCCACAGAAGGGAAGCUGGACAUCGAAGCCAUCAAGGACAAGGUGAAAAAAGCCAAAACGAAAAAACUUGGAGCUCCACCGGUGAACCCAUCUCCAACCUCCACCUCCUCCACCGACAAGAAGAAGAAAAAGAAAACAAAAGAUAAAGGCUAACUACUGUCAGUCAGCACAUUUGUACCAUGUUUAUAGUACUUUUUGAAGAGACUGUAAACACCCACAAGGACAAGAUGUCUGACGUAAAGUUUGUAUGUUUGUAAAAAAACAAAGCAUGGACAGUUCCUUCCCAAACUCUCAAUAGUGCUUUUGUUUUUUAGCAUCUAAGAACAUGUAAAAUAAUAUUCUGUUUUCAUCGCUGUCUUUAAGAUUUUGAAUGGACCAUAUUUAUGCUCCUUUAUUUUACUUAGAUUUGUUCAUGUAAAGACAGUUUUUAUAGCCCUGCUUUCUUUUUUUAUACCUUCUCCUAUGAUCCUUAUUUUGGAUGUUAGUAAGGUGUCCAAAACAAGCCCCUAUUAUC